AUGUCGAUCAGCACUAUGCCGUCGACCAUGAACCGGGUCUUCUUUACCGCUGCCACGGGCUCGAGCGGCUCGGGCGAGGAGCUUUUCGGUCUCGGCCCCGAGGGUAUGAAGAAGAAAGGCUUUUUGUGCAUCCUGUGCGGCUGCGGUGUGCCUGUUAUUUUGUCCAAGGACAAGCGGAAACUGGUCGGAGAAUGCUACGUCUACGUCAAAAUGGAAGGGCAGGCAGAACAGGCCCUCAGGGAUGGAAAGGCAUAUGAUAGACAUGAUGGCGUCUUUGGGUUGUCUUGA